UUGGCAGGAUUUUGUUGCUCAAGUUCUUGUUCUGAGGUAUGUCUCAAUAGGGCCCAAACUUAGUCUAUGCCCAAGGGCCCAAUCGAGGCCGAGGCAGAUGGACAGAUUGGCGAUGCGGUAGAGGAGGGCAUUGGCCGCCAGAAACCCAGUAGGUUUGCGUUGCUGGAGCAGUUGGGGCCGCGGAUGAAGUGCCAAGUGAAGUGUAUGCCUUUGUGGCGACACUUUUUGCCUGCGGUGUUGGUAUAUUCCAUUUGGUGCUAUGUGAUGACGAAGCUAGAUGCUUGGUCAGAGGCAGGCAUUUGCAAAUGUGCCAAGCCAUGGCUAUAAAAGAAGUGUUAAGUUAGGUUGUUUAGUGGACAAGCUUCCCCCAUCAGUUUGAUCAAACUUUUCUCUGCAAGACUAGUAAUACCUGCCUUUCAAAAACCUUCUGGCCCAGAUUUUCAGGUUCCAAAAAGACGAUAGAACACAUGAGAAAACAACACAAUUGCUUUGGCCCAUUUGCCUCCUGCAUGUGUUGUUCCUUCGCUCGCCCCUAUAACUAUAUAAUUGCACCAAGAAAGGUUCGUCCGGGGAGCCAUUCAAAUUUUCGGGGGAUUGGUUUCCAGAUGGGAAAACACGAGGAUUGACAUUGCAGACGCGUUGAGUCUGCGGAGGUGUUCUGCACUUCUCGGACCCAUUUGUUGAAAGGUCUCCAGUUACUACGUGCUGAGCCUGGCCAUGGUCUUUGGUAGUUUGAUCGCUGGCUCCACUCCUGUCGGUGGAGGUGUGGUGGCCUUCCCCCUGGUGGUGCUCUACCUGAAGCUGCCGGCGGAUCAAGGGCGAGAUUUGUCCCUGCUGGUCCAAGCAAUUGGCAUGUCUGCGGCCAGUUUUCUCCUUAUUUACGCCAAGAGGCAUCUAUGCCACUUUUGGAUCAUACUUUGGUUUCUCAUCAGCUCUCUUGCAGGUCUUAUGAUCGGCUUCGAGCUCAACAUCAGCAGUCGCACCGCCUCUUUGCUGUUCACCACCACGGUGAGUUGUUUCGCCAUCGCUUAUUUCUACUAUCUUUGGCGUCAGGGCGCCCUCACUGAGACUAGGGAAGCCAUCGAGCCCUGGGAACUGAGGACUUAUCACCCAUCCCUGCCAUGGCUUCUCACCACCUUGGCAUGCCUUUUUGGAGUGCUUGGGGGAGCUUUGACCGCCAAGAUCGGCUCCGGGGCUGAUAUUUUCACCUACAUUUUUGGCAUCGUGUGGAAUGCCCUGGUGCCCAAAGAGGCACAGAUCUCGGAGAAUAUGCUCACAGCCUCCUCAGUGGUCGUCAUGGCGGGUUGCAGCGUCUUUGGCGUAUUGCUACGGCUAAUGACUGGAGAGAUUGCUCAAGAGGUGAGGCUUUGCUGGGCCGCGUGUGUGCCAGUGGUGGUUUUGGGAGCCCCGUUGGGCUCCUUGCUUUUGACCCCACGACUGACUGAAAUUUUGAGGCGGCUUUUCUAUCUUUUUGUGCUGGUGCAGUUUGUCUCCAUGAGCAUCCUCCAGCUCAAAGAUGACUGGAUCGGCUGGAGUUUGGUCCUGGUGGCGCUGGUGGCAACAGCCCUGGCCAGCCACGUGGUCUUCCACUGCAAGUAAAUCACUAUAUAAUUUGAUCAGAGGGCGUGCUGUUGAUGCAAGCGAAUCAGGGGUGCGGUGUUGACAAAAAGGAACGUUUGCAUUGACCGGCAGCAUACCGGGCAAGCCAUUGACAGAAACGCCCUGAA